AUGGCUUUGCCAGCCAUCCAGAAUGAGGCCUGGGUCCAGAUGGUAGCAAGCCAGGUGGGUUUGGAAGAGUUUGCUGGGCCAGAAGUCCUCCCUGGUUUACUGAGGAAGCUGACCAUUUUUGCUUGCCUUGGCCGGUGUGUGUGUGUGUGUGUGGAACAUUUUGUCCAACCUGGAGGAACAACUCCUCCGAAAACCUACGGGGCGCUGGGGGACGCUAGAGAGGUGCGGCGUUCAGGGAGCGCUUGGCUGGAUCGAGUCCCCAACGCCCCGGGUCCCGAUUUGCACUGGCUGCAGAGAGGCGCCGGGUCUGCCCGGAGCGGCCGCGGGGGAGAAACCGGCGAGCAGCGGGGUCGCUCUGGGGCCGGAGGGGUGCCUAAGGCGGGAGAGCAACAGGCCGGGCCGGGCGUUUUGCCUUUCCGCGCUGCAGAAGAAGCUCCCUUUGGCUUCUCCGGGGAGCUCCCGGAGCAGCCCGACUCCGGGCGCCGGCUCCGCGCCGGCAGGAAAGAGCAAUCCCGCCCCCGGCUCCCCGAACGACCGCCGCGCGCUCCGUUUCCGCUUCCUCCGUUCGGAGGGGCUCGCGUGGGUCCCGUGUGGCGGGGCCAGGGCCGGCUCGCUCCCGGGGCUCGCGCGAGCCUGCCCGGGUGGCGCUUGGCCAGAGCCCAGGAGGACAAGCGGCGGCUUCAGCGCAGGCAACUGGGCCGGCCCCUCCCGCUACUCGGCGACCUCUGGGGGCCUCGCUGGGCCGCUCUGGCGCCCGCAAGAUGCUGCCGGCCCGCGCCCAGCGCCGCCUGGCCCUGAGAUGGACGCCUCCCGCCCG